GGAUUCUUUUGAAUAUUCACCAGGGCUAAACUCUUUCAGUUGAGGAAAGGUUUAAGUGGACAGAGUGUUUACUGACUAGGUUGUGGAUAGCCAGGGCUUGUUGUUCUUGUGCGAAAAGAGAACAAAAUGAGCUCCUCUUGACAGAAUUGGUGUUGACGCUGCAGGUAUGUCUUUCAUGACAACUUUAUUAACAUUAACAUAUUUCACCCCUGGCAACCAAGUCAUUUUCCCUCACCUCAUUAGGGUGUCUUUGUGUUUAAACUGAGAUGUUUACCCAGUGUUGAAGUGAGUGUCCAGUAGAUUAGGGGGGUUUACUACAACCAGACCUCAUUUUCGGUUGUAAGGAGACCUACUCAUGCUGCUAGAGACAAAGUGUUGACACUUUGCUCUUUCCUCUAAUUGUGAAUUUCUGCAUGAGAGUGGGUUUGACGGCAAAAACAUGCACCAAAGGUACUGUAUGUUUUGUUUUGUAGUGUCACUGUAUGUGUAAGCACAGUCUGUGUAGAUGCGAGUAAUUUUGACCAAAAGGUUUUGCAGGUCUUUCCAGCAGUCUUUCCGCACUUCCUCAGUGAGGAAAGGAGGACGUGGGGAGUCUGGGAAGAUGUUCUUUGUGGCAGGGGCUAAAAGUGGAGGAGGGUCCGGAGGAGAGCGAAGAUCAAUCUACCAGAAGAUUAGGGAGGUUGAUGUCCUUGACAAGAAGAAGACAGUAACGGCUCUGAGUGCUGGUGAGGAUCGGGCUAUGUUCCUGGGCCUGGGGAUGAUCCUGUCCUCAGUCAUGAUGUACUUUGUGCUGUGCAUCACUGUCCUGCGCGCAUAUGCAGAUAGCGUAUGGACAGAGGAGAGUGUUUGCAUUGUGCUUAACUCCACCAUCGUCGCAGAUGUGAACUGUUCCUACAGCUGUGGGUCAGACUGCUGGAGAGCCUCAAAAUACCCUUGCCUGCAGAUCUACGUCAGUGUCAACAACACAGGACGGGUCAGCCUCUUAUCCCACAACGAGGAGACCCAGGAGGCCAACUCUGAGUGUUUCUAUGUGCCCAAGUGCCAAAAGGACAGCUCAGCCAUGCACGCCAUGACCGUGAACAUCUCAGAGCGCUUGAAGGUGCACCAGCAGGUCCCCUGCUACUAUGACCCCGGGGAGCAGCAGGGGAGCGUCCUCCUGUCACGGCUGUACGGUCGCAGUGCCGUCUUCCACUCCCUCUUCUGGCCCUCCUGCAUGCUGACGGGGGGCACCCUCAUCAUCUUCAUGGUCAAGCUUACACAGUACCUCUCCAUUCUGAGUGAGGAGAUUGGAAAAAUCAAGAGGUGAAACCGGCUCGCUAGCUUGGGGAACCCCUUACUCGACCACCGCCUGACAGACACGGACAUGAAAGGGAUUGUUUUAACCAGAUGACCCUUGGGCGGCGACCUCUUGUAACUUGUAGCUGAGACAUUUAGGACAGCUGGGUUUGUCUCCUCUCACGAACUGUUUGAAAUGUGAACUGAAUGUUCUGGAAAGGACUAUACUGUUUGUACUACCUCUGUUACUGGAACAUAAGUCUUGCAUGUUUAAUCCAAUCCACUUAUUCAAAGUGAGGAUUUUAUAAUUGGUUUGUUUACAGGGACUUAAGCACUCUGUUUGUAAAGUAUUACAUCACUUGGCAUAUUCGUGAGCAUGUGCCUGUUAUCUUAUAUAGACAACAUUGUCAACCAAAAUAGUGGACUGUUGAGAGAACAUGAUAGAGUUCACUUUCCAAAACGUUUUCCAUGUUUACAGGAGAUGACUGUUACCCUCUAACAAGAUAAGCAAGUUUAAACUUACAAGUCCUGCUGACUGAGACUUUUUAGUGGUAUGUAACAUGGGGACAAAUAUGACUGUUUUAUACAAGUUAUGAGUAAUCAUGUAAUAAUUAUUGAGUAUUGAUGUGUUAUUAUGCACAUGCUGUAGUUUUGACAUAGUAAGACUAUCCUGU